UGAUAGAAGAGCCAGAUCAUCUGCAAAGACGAAAGUAAUUCAACUAACAUAAAAUGCUAACAUUAAUGGACAUUCGUAACGGAAUAAUACAUUGCUAACAUUGGUUAGGUUGUUUUAUUUGAUUAGUAAAUGUAGUUGAUAAUUGUAGAUAUACUGGUUUAAAACCGAACUAUUUAAAAUAAUAAAUAUAUUUUUGUUAUGCCCUAACGAAUAGAAAAAUUGUAUUUCUGACUUUUAAUGACCUUAUGUAAGGCAGUUCUUCUGAGCAAAUGAAUAACUGACAUUAAAUUAACAUAAGUCUAAGUAGUACAAAGGAAACGAUGCAAAACAUUUCUAGUACAAUCAUAAUAGGUUUGGAUAUGUCAAUAUCAAGUCAUUUUUGGUCAUGGUGAAUUUGUACGGCCUGUCAAUGUAUUAAUUUGUGUCGGAAUAUGGGUAUGAAAAACGUACGCUUUUGGGAUCUGGAGUAGUGAGUUUAGAUUGUGUGUCCGUGUGUGUGUUCAAUUUAUUUGAGAUUAUCAAGUCCAAUCUUGGUAUUGAUACCUAUCAACUAUUUAAAAUUGGUCUUAUUGUGAUUGUAUUGGUUUCUAUGUACUUUUAUUGAAAAAUAUCAUGCAUUAUUUAUCCGCAAAAUUUAUCGUUGAACUGUAUAUAACCUACUUGCACCUUGUAAAAUUCCUGUUGCAUUUCGAAUUAUGAUCAUGGAUACAUUAAUGUAUAUCUUAAAGAAGGUAACGAUUUUUCAGGUUAACUAAUAUUUUAGCUCAAAUCUGGUAGUCGCAUGUAAACCCAUCCGACUGGUCACAAUCACUGAUUGUCCCAAUAUAUAGGAAGGGGUCAAUAUCACCCUGUAAUAACCAUAGAUCGAUUAGUUUGACUAAUAUAGCAUCUAAAAUACAAGCCUCAAUAAUUAUCGGGCGCAUAACUAAGACUCACGAAUCGCAAAGGCGGGAAAACUUGGUUUGCUUCAGAUCUGGUCGUGGCUGUAUCGACCACAUAUUCACUAUUCGUCAGGUUCUAGAACACAGGCAUGCUUAUCGGCGUUUGGCAAUGAUGGUUUUUCUUGACAUGGAAGCAUCAUUUGACUCUAUAGACCGAGAGGUUCUGUGACGGUGUCUGUCAUUGAAAGGUGUACCUCAGAGGUACAUAAACCUUGUGAAGGCUCUUUACUCGAACACUACCAGUCGAGUGAGAGCUUACGGCGAACUGUCAUCUGAUUUCACAACCUCAAGUAGUGUCCGACAAGGCUGUCUCCAUUUUUGUUUAACUUCAUCAUAGACUUAUUGAUGGAAAUAACACUCUCGUCGACUGGAUUUUCAGGAAUUGAUCUCCUACCGGGAGAUUCACUUAUCGACUUAGAAUACGCAGAUGACAUAGUCCUGUUUGGUGAAGACGCUGAUGAAAUGCAGUAUUUUGGUAGUAUUGAGCAACAAUGCCAGGAUAUUUGGAAUGCGUUCCCCCCCCUCUAAAUGCAAAUUGUUACUCCAGAACUGGACUGGAAGUGUAAUCAGUCCUAGUGAGUUGGUGUCUGACGAAAUCCCACCACGGAUUUAGAAAGCUCGUUUGACUUUUGCCAACUUACGUCACCUAUGGCGAAGAAGAGAUAUCCGUCUAUCGAUUAAGGGACGAGUAUACUGUGCGGCAGUUCGAUCUAUUCUACCUUACGGCUGCGAAAAGUGGCUAUUGAGGGUAGAAGAUUCUCGUAAGUUACUAGUAUCUGAUCACAGAUGUCUUGGAAAUAUUGCUCGCAUCUGCUGGGAUCACCACGUAAGUAAUAGUGAGGUUAGACGCAGGGUAUUAGAGAAUAGUGGUAAAUCAGUUGAUGAGAUUAAGGAUCUUCAUCGACUGAGAUGGUUGGAUAACGUAUUACGCAUGCCCAACCACCGAUUACCACGACGAGCGUUAGGUUUUGUAAAUCAUUUGCUUAAAAAUACGCCAAAUGAAAGUCAAUGAUUAAAAUAAGUUUACGGUUUAUCGUGCAAAUAGUUUACUCGCUAAACAUGUCACUUAUAUAAAUCAGGAAUUAGAGCACUGGAUAUGAAAUGAAUUGAGUUAAUACCAGGACACUCGUUGUUCUUGUUAUAUUUUCACAUAAAAAAACAAGCAAGAACAAUCGAUCAAGAAAAUUCCUUUUCAUAUUCUCUUGUAAAUAUGUUUUCGUGCUUAAACUAUAAUCACUUGAGAUUAUUUUUAAGUAUUUUACCCACUAGCCCUACAGUUUUUAUGAUCUAAUCUGUUGCUCUUCCUGGGGAGGCUUUCACAAGAUGAUGUUCAUAGUUUCAGGAAUGUAUUAAUAAUAUAUAUUAUUGGAGUAGUUUUAGUCGAAUAACAUUUUCGGAUAUUAUGAAUAUAUAACUAAACGAUCAAUAUAUUAUAUUAUAAAGAUUAUCAGAUUUGCCAUAAAUACUUAUUCAGUGAUACUUGUAUCAGAAAAUUUCAGGAAGAACUUCACAUAUAAAGAGAUUAUAUAGGAACCAUAACAGUACAUUAUAUUUUUCUGCCGAUAUUGUUUUUUCGUUUCGACAUAUAUAAUUCAACAAAUGUAACUAUUUCUACUGUCUUGCUUUUAUCUCAAAAUUAGUGGCAGUUAUCGUACGGAUCGACUACACGAUACUUGGAUAUCACCGAAUAUGUCUCGCCUCCCUUUAGGAUCAUCAAAAUUUAAUUCAUCCUUGGAAUUGUCGAAUCGUUUAACGGCUCCAAAAACUCGCAAUAUGCAUCCCAUGUUAGGUCGUCUAUCAUCAAAAGUUGAAAGUUCAACCAUAAUACGAACAAGUAGUUCAGAAAAUAUUGAAGAGGGUAUGAAUAGCAGAUAUUCAGAUUUCUCUUCCACCAAUUCAAGUAGCUCUAAAUCCCGACUGCUGAGAUCUACGGCCAGAAAAUUUCAAAAUGAAAGGAGUGGUUCUCGCAAACUAGCUACAAGAGAAUAUCCAGUGUCACACGACCUAGGAAAUAAUAAUAAACCAUCUGGCUCCGACAACUUAACGCUUCACGACGAUCAAGAUGAAUCAAUAAUUACUCCGAUGGAACGAGCAAGACCACGUAAAUCGGAAAGGCUAGCUUUUAGAAAUAAGUUAAAGUCACAACAGUCAUCAGCACUGGUUAGUGUUAAUACUAUUAAUCGUCAAGAAACAUCCCCUUAUCUAUCAUUGACAUCAACAUUUGUCUAUCCAAAUAAACCACAAUCAACGGUGGCUUCCAUGAUUAUGUCAUCGAAGGCUUUACAAAUGUCUAGCCAAGUAUAUAGUAAUGUGGGUAAUUCAGUAACUACAAAUACUGAUCCUUGGAUGAAGCGUAUUUCAUCUAUUUGGGGAAGGUCGUCAAGUAAUAAUCCGUCUGCAAUUAGCUCAAAUGAUAACGUUAAUUUUGAUAGUACACAAUCUCAUAUGGUACAAAGACGACCUAGAGGAUGGUUGGCACGUCAUAUGUUUGGUUUGGAAAGAGAUACUACUGAAGAUCCUAAUUUUGAAUCAAGGAAUACAGACAAUCAAUUUCUGUCUAGUGAUAUAGAGGAUAACUAUGAUGCUAAUAUUUCGUAUCAUAAAACUAAAAGUCUUACCAAUCGAAACAAAACAGUAGUUCAUUUUAAUCUACCUGAUUCGAACUCAUUUCGUUCUGGCUUUCUUUUACGCCGAUCAAGAUUAUGUUUUUACACCCAAUCUGUUUUAAACAGUCUGCGGAAUAUGUCUAUUCACUUUUUAGCGUUUUUAAUGGCCUUCAUUUAUGCUGUUGGAAAUAUUUUUCUGUAUACCCUCAGUUGCUUACCACGAUUAUUCGAUUGGCUGUUUGGAAAAUUAUUUAGUGGAAAUGAUAAUUCUUCAGCUAUGUCUCUGAAACACCACUCAAGAUUACGUACUGAUUUAUUGAGAUUUCAAAAUUCCACAGGUUCAUCAAGUUUCUAUGUACAGAGAAAUAAUAUCUGGAAUUUUUGCUUGCGUUUACUAUUGCCGUUUCUUAUCUUAUUCCCGUUAUUACUAAUUUUAAGCCUCUUGUUUGCACCAACUGAUGAUCUUUCAAAUAAUUCAUCUUUAAAAUUGUUUCCAUUUUUCUCUGAUUCUAAUUGUACGUAUGAACUUUCUGAGCCACGCCCGGAUAGUACUCAUAUUUGGAAUUUAUUUAAAUGGAAUGCACGUUGUCUUUAUGUUCGUUAUUUUUUGUCAUCUGAGCUAGAUGAGGAUAACAGUAGAUCUGACAAAGAAAAUGAUCGCUGGCAAUGGAUUCCGUUCUUCAGUUCAAGUAAACCUACUGAUCAAAUAAUUUUUGAUGCAGGGAAUCUGAAUGAUGUAACAAUAAAUAAAGUUAUUGAGGAGUUGAUAUCACUUUCUCAAUCGGUUAACAAGCGCUUGGACGUACUGUCACAGACAAUUAAAGUUACCGAUGAUCGUUUAACCAAUUUAAAAGAAGACUCUAUCAGAAAAUCGGAUAUGCUCAAUCUGCAACUUAUUGAAAUGAGAAAUAUAUUUGACCAUCAUAUAAAUGAAUGGAAUCAUUUUUAUCUGAAAUAUAACCAGUCAGAUAAUAUCAUUCGAUCAUCUGAGCGUCUGUCUGAUAAUAAAGAUUUUAACUCUGAUCAUAAUGCAGCAUUUCGUAUAGAAAGCGAUCGUUUACUAAGGUUAGCCAGUGAAGCAGCUAAUCAUAGUAUUGCAAUUCAGUUGGAUGAGCUACGUACCAAAAUCCUACAAGACCUUAUAAAAUCCGAUCUGGAAAAAAAUAUGAGUAUUCAAAAUAUGUCAAUACUGUUGAAUAGUUUACGUAGUCAGUUAAGUAUACGUACUAAAGAAACUCAAAAGGAGCUUCACAGGCUACACUCGCAGUUGACUAUAAAUAGUAAUCGGUCAAAGAAGUUUAUAGAUUUUAAAAACAAUUUACUUCAGUUACAAAAUAAAAUCAAUUUAUUAACAUUACGCAUCUCUGAUUUAGAAAGGUUGAGUGAAGAAUCUAAGUCCACUUUUACAUACAUUAAAGAUGAAUUGAAAAAAUGCUCAGGAGCUGAAGAAAUUAAGAAGGAUUGCCAUGAUGCAGCUAUUGAACAGAUGAAUUUUGCUAUAACUAAUCUCUCUCAGUCAUUUUCAACUCAAAUUAAAGAAAUCGUCCAAGAGACUAUAAUCAAUGAAUUAAGGGACAGUGAUAGUGUCCUUUUCACUUACUUUAGACAAACUGUAUCUAUGCUGGCAAAAGAAUCCGUUGAUAAAUUGAUUUACAAUCGUCAUUCGGAAUUGGUUCCACACUCACUUGAAAACAAAGCAACUUUAGCUAAAAUGAUUGAUGAAGCUCUUCAUCUAUUUGCAGCUGAUAGAACCGGUCUUACAGAUUAUGCUUUAGAAUCAUCUGGAGGUUCUAUUGUUGGCACACGUUGUACAAAAACAUAUACAGAGGGCGCGUCAUUAUUUAGUAUUUUUGGCUUGCCUUUAGCCCGUCUUAGCAAUUCUCCUCGAACAAUCCUCCAACCUGGUAAUAAUCCUGGGGACUGUUGGCCAUUUCACGGAAGUAAGGGUCAAGCUAUCAUUCGUCUAUCGUCUCCAAUUAUUAUCAGUUCAGUGACUUUAGAACACUUACCAAGGGAACUCGCGCCAAAUGGUAGACUGGACUCAGCUCCGAGGGAUUUUCUUGUGAAGGCACUUCAAACAGAAUAUGAUGAUGGGAUAGUUUUGGGAGAAUUUACCUAUGAUGUGAAUAGUAAACCCAUACAAAAUUUUCCUGUAAAAGAAUAUUCAAAAUCUGUCCAAUUUGUCGAACUUGUCAUACUGAGUAAUCACGGACAUCCCAAAUAUACAUGUAUUUAUCGCUUUCGAGUUCAUGGCAAUAUGAUUACAUGAUCAGAGUUCAGCAAUACUUUGUAGAUACAUAUACGUAACACGUCACCCUUCAUGCUGCUCUGUACACACUGCAAUCACUGUUUUCUUAACAAAAUGAUUCUUGUGCCUUCAUGUUAUCCUCCUAAUCAAACGUUCUGCUCUGUAACAUUUUAAACCAUUUGAUUUUAUGGCUUUUAUGUUUUAUGUUUAAAUAUAUUUAUUGUGUUGUAAUC